CAGUGUCUCUGACUGGUCAAGCUUAUGUCUCUGAUUUUACACCAAAGUUCUCUAUGGAUGCCACUGUUGAUGCUUCUAUGUCUGCAGCUACCCCCUCUGAUAUAGCUGAUGCUCUAGCUAAUGGAGACCAGUGGACACCAUUAGAAACCAGGUGGCAAAUGGAACCCCUAAUCAGCCCUUCGCAACUAGAAUUGAUUGUUAAAGAGGAAAAGAAAGAAGAUGCUAAAGAAAAGGAGCAAAAGAACACCCAGCAGGCCCAUGGAAUCAAUAGUGAACUUGAGAAGAUGCGGAUAGACUUUGAGCUGACUGCACUGAAGCGCCAGCAUGAGGAGAAUGAAAAGCAACGGCAACAUGAGGAAAAGAUGGAGCUGAUGCGGCAGCAGACACCAUCUAGAACAAUAUCUAGAGGGGAAGAAGAGCAACUGGGUAGCAGACUAGACCCAAUAACAGAGAUUGAAUUAGAGAAGAUGCGCAUGGAGUUUGAACUGGCCAAGUUGAAGCAUAUCUCUGAGGAGAAUGAGAGACAGAGGCAGCAUGAACGGAAAAUGUAUGAGGACAAGGAAAAGCAGCGGCAGCAUGAAGAGAAAAUGGAGCAGAUGCGCCAGCGCCAAGGUCUGCUUCGAACAUCAAGCCAGAAGGCUUCUUCUGAUUCCAAGGUAGAAGCCACUGCUGAGACAUCUUCUGUGGCCUUUACUGAAGUAGGGAAGGUGAGAGUAGAGGUCCAGCUGGCCAUGCAGAUAUACCUACCAGAGAUGAAUGAAAAGACGCCACCAUGUGAGCAGAAAGGGUGUAAAGAAAUCCCAAACCUUGAGCAGCAAGUGAAAAGUAGCCCUGAGGAUGGAAAGCCACAAAUGCCACCAGAACAGCAGGAGACUGAUGGGGUGACAGAACACCUAGGCCUGCAGGUGCCACGCAUCGUGGUAAGUGGGGCAGAACCAGUGUGGUCAACCAGCAGGUUGGACUUAGCCAUUGAGACUGAGCUGGAGAAGAGGCGGAUGGAGUUUGAACUGACAAGACUGAAAUACGAACAUGAAGACAACGAACGGCAGCGGCAACAUGAGGAAAAGAUGGAGCACCUGCGGCAGCAGGCUCCCCCUAAAGAGUCUGAAUGAUGAUUGCAUGGCCUGACCAUUGGUUGCCUUCCUCUAAAAUGCCAACUUAUCAGUGGAUGCACACAGAAUGACUCUUUGUUAUGACCAAAAACCUCUUACCUGUAUUGCCAGCAUUAUAUUAUACU